AUGCGCAUAGACUUGCACAAGUCAACGGAUAUUGAACGCCAGAUUCAUGAGGUCUGUGCAACGUUGUCUCGGCGACUGUUCCUACUGAGACAUCUCAGCCAUUGUCUAACCCCGGCGGCCCUUAGGAUAGCCUAUUUUGGGCUUUUUCAUAGUGUGCUGUCUUAUGGCAUUGUGCUUUGGGGUGGGGUUGGAUAUACGGAAAGAGCUUUUCGUUUGCAAAAGAAGGCUGUGCGGGUCCUCUGCGGUGCCAACCCGAUUGCCCACUGCAAGCCCAUUUUCUCUGACUUCCAGUUGAGUGAAAAGAAAAAAAAAGGAGUUAGUCAACAGGAAGAUAAUGGAGUGACUUCUGAAUUAACUGAAGAUGAAUUGGCAGCCAGGGAGCUUGUUAAUGAUGCAAAGAAGCGUUUGCUUCAAAAUGACUCGUCAGGGGAUAAAGGUUUGGAACUUCCUUUAAAAGAAAACAGAGAAUCCUUUGAAGGGGAAGCAGAAUCCACAUUGAAUGAUUAUGAAAUGAUACCCAUAAGUGAAUAUCAUGGCAUGGCAAUGUUGAGGGGGAUGGGAUGGAAGGAAGGAAAACCAAUUGGAAAAAAUACCUCGAAACCUUCUGCUACAAAUAUUCCCGAAGUAAGACCAAAAGGAUUAGGCCUGGGAGCAUCAAAAAUAAUCCAGUCAGCUGUUUCAAAAAAUCAAGCAGUUGACAAGGACAAUGAGAAAUUAGUCAUUGUGAAGGGUGCAUUUGCUAAAGUUGUGGCUGGCAUUUACAAAGGGAAUUAUUGUGAAGUUCAAGGAUUUGAUGAUGAAGCAGGGCGUGCAAUUGUCAAACUUUAUCCAAAGGGCGAGAUAGCAAACAUUAAUGAACUGUUGUUGACUCCUAUAAGUAAAGAUGACUUCAAAAAAGGAUCAAGAGUUAUAAACAAUGCAAAAUAUGAAGAGUACAAAGAAUUAUCAGACUCGCGGAACAAUGGGAAACAUAGAUCAAGUGGAAGUCACAACAAUUAUGGUAGCGAAUCUGAUGAGGAAUACGGACAACACAAAAAUAAAAAAUCGAGUUACAAUAAAUAUAAGGAGAAAGAGAAGAAAAAAAAGAAUAAAUGUAAAUAAAGGCAUCGAAGAAGCAAUAGCAGUGAUGAUCAGAGAUGCAGGAGUAGAAGAUAAUAUAUAAACAUUAUCUUAUUUGUAAUGUUUUUCUAUAGUUUUUAAAUUACACAUUUUAAAAUUAAAAUUAAAUUAAAUUGUGUUAAAAAAUUAGGAGCUGUAUAAGGCAAGAUGUUAUCUACAUUUCCGUUAAGAGAGACUUUCAGAGAAACAGUUUUAUGCACGCUUGGAAUUUUUUUGAGGAGUAUGGGGAAUUAAUGAAACUAUACAGAACGAGUAAUAGUUAACGUGAAGUCCAUUAUCUUAUUGGUUUCAAAAGUGAUAAGCAAAUGGUAAAUACAAAGGUUAUAAAGAUUGUUAGGAUGCACAAUUUAAAAUUAUUUUGAAGAAUAACGUGUUGAUUAUUAAUAUUACAUACCUAAACCUAAUAGUUUUUUCAACAUUUUAAUUUUUCUAAAAAAAGUACUGGUUUUCACACUUGCAAGAAAAUUACGAUAAAGCCAAAUUUUUACUCAUAUUUGAAUUACAUGCUACAGGGUGUUCAAAAUAAACAAAUACAUUUGGAUGAUUUUAAAUUGAAAAUCUUAAAUGGCUUAAACAUAUAUAUUAUUAUUGUUUGUGACAGAUCUUACAAAAACCUACAACUCUAUUAAGUCAUAUUUACCCUUCUUUCUGUCUGAGAUUAUUGCUACAACAUUAGUUGGGCAUGGCAAAAUACCAUUGUCAAAUCUUUACCUGACAAGUAAAAAUUAACUACUGAUUUUUUAAAGCAAAAAAAAAACUUUAUAAAACUUUACAAGGCGAAGUACCCCAAUAAUAACAAUAAUAAACCGUCAUUAAGAGUGGCGACAUUCGCAAAUUGCGUUAUAGCAUUUAUUAUUUCAUUAAAUAUUUUAUCUGCGUUAUAGUUUAAAGGUCUCUGGAAAGUUACCGAAGUAUGUCUAGGAACGCAAACAAUGGCAACAAAGGUGGUCAACUAAACUUUAUAACGGUACUCCAGCUUGAACCAACCCGAAUCAGAGAAAAUAUGGUCACACUUUCGGAGAUUAUAACUAAAACGAAUAUAAGCAGUCUGAAGUCAUCGGAGUCUCUCUUUAUCUCUUAGUAUAGCUGGACAAGCGAUCAUACCGCAAUAAGCAACAUAGGAUACAGCUGGCACAGAGUUUAAGGUUGACUUCCUUACUGAGAAGAUAUUUAUGAAUAUACAAUAUACAAUAUUGCUAUGGUUCAUCAAGAGUAUGAGACAAGAGUUUAAUUUCAGGAACACGAAACAAAGCAGGAGUAGUGCCAUGAAGAGGUCGAAACCCCGAUUGAGUGUCUAAGAGGAUUUUGUUAUCGUAAAGGAACUGACGAACUUGUUUAUCUACAAGUUUUUCAACAACCUUUGAGAUGGUUGGCAACAAACUGAUGGGUCUAAAAUCGUUAAUGCCACUUGGAUACUCUAUCUGCUUGCUUCAAAGAGUCCGGGGAAACCUCAAACACUAGUUAACAAGGAAAGAGACAUUAUCAACUAAAUACGGAUCAGUCAAAGGAAUCAUUUUGAUAUAAAUAUUUUCUGAGCCCUGAGCAUGCUGAAUAACGUUCUUCGUAUGCUGUUGAGCACCUUUUCCAGUUUUCUAGUAGAUCUCAGAUGGUGAAAAAUUAUUAAAAAUUGCACAGUUGUGAUCUUGUUGAUGAGUAGUGGCCUCUCGUAGUAUUUUCUUGUGUCUAUGAUUGUUAGCUAAAUGUUCAAUCAAAUCAAUUGCAAAUCCGUCAAAUGUAUUCCAUGUUUGCACUAAAAUUUCAUUUUUUAGCGUGCGCGAGCGUACAUUACUUUUUCUGCUAUAUACCAAGACAUAAUAAUCGACUGACAUAUGUUUCCGGGAAGCAUAUAAAAUUCGUUUUGCGGAAUUGAGUUUGUAUUAUCGAUUCUUUAUUACGAAGGUGCAGGACGGAGCCGGAGGUGACAAUGAUAUAAGAACUCGUGUGCUAUUGAUGGGUUCAAUCAACCUGAGUUGCAGAACUUAAACGAAACUAUUUGUUUCCUGGACAUUGGUUUAGAACUUUUAUCAAUCUUUCCCGGGGACAAAUUCUACCUUGUCUCCUUUGAAUGUGUUGUAAUAUAUUGUGCUACUGCAAAACGAUGUUACUUUAUUCUACAGUCAUAAGAUGAUUUAUUUAAUGCUGUAAUUAAUGAUAAUGCUGGUACGUUAAUUGUCGUCGGAAUCGGACAAAAUCUCUUCUGAAAAUAAGUCAUUUUCAGAUGAGAUUGACAGUGAAGUUUAUUGUUACCGCUCGGAGGUAUUAAAGUUUUUAGUUUUUUAAACAGUAUAUUUUUAUUGUGAAAUGUUAAUAGAAAAAGACAUUAAAUAAUAGUAAAGUGAGAAAAGUUAAAGUUAGCUACACCGUUAACAUGUCAAUGUUUAUUUUUUCAUCACUUCCAUUUUUUAUUUUGAAGUUGCUAAAUAAAAUGUGAAGAGGCUGAAAGACUCCAUCAGUUACGCGACUCUUUUAACUUUCAUAAAAAUAUAAAAGAAAUCACUGGAUCAAACAAAAGAAGUAAAUUAACGUCAAUAAAAAACAGACAAGGAUCGUACUGUCGCCUCUCCUGUUUAACGUGUAUUCAGAACAUCUAUUCAAGGAAGCAUUGGAUGAUACAGAGGACGGACUUGUAGUAAAUGGUCAAAUUAUAAACAACUUGAGAUAUGCGGAUGACACCGUUCUUGUGGCCGACACUGCCGAGGGGCUUCAGAGACUUGUGGACCGAGUGGCGACUGCAUGCGAAGGAUACGGUAUGAAGAUAAACUGUAAAAAAACACAAAUAUUAAUUAUCAGUAAAAACGAUAUGGGAAACCUACAGUUUACUGCAAACAACGAAGCCAUCAAAACAGCAGAGACAGUUACAUACCUGGGCUGUACUUUGAACAAAGAUUGGGACCACUACCGAGAAAUAAAGUGCCGAAUCGAAAAAGCAAGAAGCACAUUUAACAAAAUGAGAAACAUACUCUGUAACCUAUCCCUCAGCGUCCGCACUAGAAUAAGGGUCCUGAACUGUUAUGUUCUCUCGGUCCUCCUUUA